UUUUAAAAUAAAGGUGAAAAAUUCUUAUUUCAAAAUUGAAUUAUUAUAUAUUUUUUCGCAAGUUUUUCGAACCGCGUUUGCAAUUAUCGGUCUUUUUUCGCAAUUUUUGUCGAUUUUCGUUCGGACAUUUUCCGGUUAAAUUACUUUACUGUGCUAUUGCUCAUUUUGCGCAUUUAUUGGUUUGCCUUUCGUAUACUUGGCAAUCGAUAUUAUUUUUUUUCUCGCUUUCGUAACCGAUUCCAAAUAUAUUUGUUGCCAACUUUUAUUACAAUUGGUUUGGCUUUCGUAUAUUUGGGAAUCGACAUAUAUUUUUUCGUUUCCCGAUAUUACCGUUAUAGUCUUUCUUUCGGAAAUUUAAUUUAACCAACGCAAAAUGAGCAAGCCAAAGCCAAAUCUCGCAAACCUGUCUCCAAGUAAGGAGUUGACGGACUUAAAAUCGUUAAGACCUCAAAGAACGGUUGCGAAAAGUAUGUAGUAUUUUGCGCAUUAAAACGGACCUUCUCGAAAAGACUAUGUCUUUAGAUCCAAUAGAAUUGGAAUGUCGUCUCGAUAUAUUAAAUUCACAUAGUGAAAAAUUAAUGAAGUGCCAAUCAAAGAUUGAAGAAAUUGAUGAGGACGACAUGGCCCGAGAGGAGUUAGAGGACAUAAUCGUUGAAACGAACUUCAUAAUUAAGUCAAUUUUAGCGAAAAAUAAAACUUCACUUGCCGAAACAUCUUUUGUAGCCUCUCACAGCUCAAGGCUCCCUAAAAUUAAUUUGCCGAAAUUCAGGGGAGAAUAUUCAGAAUUCAAAAGUUUUGUGAGUUUGUUCGAGAGCUUGGUUCAUAAUGAUCCAAAUAUCUCAAAUAUUAAAAAAUUUAACCAUUUGGUUAAUUGUCUAUCUGGGGAGGCUUUGGGAACAGUUAAAGCGUUUCAGAUGUCGAAUGAAAAUUACCCGAAAGCGUUGGCAAGUCUCAAAAAGGUUUAUGAUAAUAAAUGUUUGAUUUUUUUCAAUACAAUAUCUAAACUUUUUGAGCUGCCAACCAUACCAAAGCCAUCCGCGCCUUCAUUGCGAUCAAUGAUUGACGAAGUGUUAGCGGUAUAUGACCCAUUGCUAUCGCUGGGCGAUGAGAAACAGAUUACAAACGCUAUUAUAAUACAUUUAGUAAUGACAAAGGUUGACCCUGCCACCCGAUCCAAAUGGAAAGAAGCGCUUGACUAUGACAAACUGCCACUGUGGAAGGAAUGUGAAGCCACCCUAAAUAGGAGAUACCAGCAGCUAUCAGCGGAAGGAGCGUCACACUCAAGGACGAAGCCCAUACUAACAGGCAGUACGAGCCAUGGGAAGCAACAACAAAUGGAUAGGACUAAAUCGCCGUUAGUUGCUGCAAAUACACGGCAGCCUACUUGUCAACAUUGCAAAUCGAGGGAUCACCGUCUAACUACCUGACCUACUUUCAAGGCUCUUCCGAUUCGAGUUCGUCAAAGCGGUACCGUUAUGCAUAAAUUGCUUGCGUAAAGGACAUACCGUUUCCAAAUGCAGAGCGGAUUGUUGCCGCAUAUGCAACCGAUCUCAUCACUCGCUGUUGCACCAGUAUCCAGUGUCAUUCCCCGCUGCACUUCAUCCGCAACCAUCAACCACACAUGCUAUGCAUACAGCCAGUAUGCCGGAUCGGGUCAUGUUGGCAACAGUAGUAAUUUUAGUGAGGACCAGCUGUGGAGAUUACCUGCCUGCGAGAGCUUUGCUCGACUCAGGCUCCCAGGUCAACUUUAUGACGGAGGACUUGGCACAAAAGUUGCGGAUUCGCCAUCAGCACAAAACAUUAAGCGUAAUUGGAAUUGGCACUUCCAAUACAAAAGUGGGGUUAAAACUAAGCGCAUUUUUCAAGUCGCGGUUAAAUAAUUUUGAGAUUUCGGCGGAAUUCUGGGUAAUGCGAUGCAUUUCCGCAAAUCAUCCAGACCAUAACAUCAAUGUUCUUCUUCUUCUUAAUUGGCGUAGACACCGCUUACGUGAUUAUAGCCGAGUUAACAACAGCGCGCCAGUCGUUUCUUCUUUUCGCUACGUGGCGCCAAUUGCAUAUUCCAAGCGAAGCCAGGUCCUUCUCCAAUUGGUCCUUCCAACGGAGUGGAGGUCUUCCUCUUUCUCUGCUUCCCCGGCGGGUACUGCGUCGAAUACUUUCAGAGCUGGAGUGUUUUCG